AUGUUUAAAUCAAUAAUUGUAACUGGAGCGUCUCGUGGUAUAGGAAGAGCUAUAACCAUUCAACUGUUGAAGCACUUUAAUAGCAAUGUCGUGGCGGUUGCUCGCUCCGAAAAAGACCUCAAUAGUCUGAAAGAUCACGUUGAAAAAGAUCUAGGGUUGUUGGGAAGAUUGGAAAUUGUGAUUGGCGAUGUUACCGACGACCAAAUAACCGAACGGGCUGUGCAAAAGUCUUUGGACGCGUGGGGAAAAUUAGAUGGUAUCGUUGCUAAUGCCGCCACCAUACAACCAAUGGCCAAAAUUGCUGAUGCCAAUAUACAAGAUUGGAAAAGCCAAUUUGAUUUAAACUUUUUUUCGGUCGCCGUACUUUUCCAAAAGGCAAUUCCACAUCUGCGCGCCUCUAAAGGUUGUAUCGUCACUGUGUCUUCAGGAUUGGCCAAUUAUCCGAGUCAAGGUUUUGGAUUUUAUUGCACUUCAAAGGCCGCGUUGAAGAUGUUAACGAGUUGUGUGGCCUCUGAGGAACCAGAUAUAAUCGCCUUGUCAAUUCGACCUGGCGUAGUCGAUACUGAGAUGCAACAAGUUAUUAGAGAUUUAGGAGCACCAGCAAUGCCUCCAGAACAACAUCAAAAAUACACUAUGUUGCACGAAAAAAAUAUGUUACUUGGGCCCGAGGUCCCUGGCCACGUGAUAGCAGCGUUGGUCAGUGGUAGGGCUACUAAAGAGAUGAGCGGUAAUUUUUAUAAUUGGGAUGACGAAAAGUUCAUUGACCUCCAAUUGAAAGCUUGA